ACCGUUUUUUGCAAUCUCAUUCUUCUCACACUAAUGGAGCCAGACGACGAAAAACCAUUUCAAGAUUCGCAAAAUAAUACUCCAGUACAACGAUUUCUCGCUAGACAUGUGCCUACGCAGCUGGCGAAUCCCCGAAAACUCUGUUAUCGGCAUAGACCUGAUCUAGCUCGCCUACGAGGGCCAGACGAGUACAACUUUACCGAUGUUCAAAAGGUAAAUGUCGGUAAUUUGCACAGUCAAUUAGAGAUUUCUCGCCAACUAAUAUGCUCUUCGUUUUUAAACAGCAAAUGGACAAACUUCGAUGUACAGACAAGGCAGCGAUAACGCAUAUUUGGUCAUUAUUCAGCGCCGCACCUCCUCAGCAACGAAUACUCAUAUUGCAAGGUUUAUUGUCCACGUGCUGCAUGCCUCAAUUAUCUUUUCUACAUGAUGCUGUCCAACCGCUGCUUCGAAUUGAUUUUAUUGCCGUUCUUCCUAGCGAAGUUUCACUGAAGAUACUAUCAUUUCUGGAUGCGAAAUCAUUGUGCCACGCAGCUCAAGUAAGCAGGACAUGGAAAUCAUUAGCUGAUGACGACGCAGUAUGGCACCGCAUGUGCGAACAACAUAUCGAUAAGAAAUGCACAAAAUGCGGAUGGGGCCUACCCUCACUUGUCAAAAAAAGGACAACUAGGACGAAUAUGCGAAAAAGAGCGCUGAUCACUAAUAGUUCGCCACAACCUGUACAUAUGGCAUCAUAUGCUAAUGCUCCGCUCCGCAAUACGUGUGGGUCAGACGAGACUUGGGAAUCCCAAACUACAAUAUUAGCCUCAACAUCGUCAGACUUACCGUCUUCGAGUGAAGCUUCAUCGGAACGAGAAGUCAAGCGACCAAGAAUCGAAAGUCCACAAGUGUCUGAUUCUCAAGAGGCUUCCACCCCACCGCCUGUAUCACACGAUGUUGUCACUAUACCAGCCCAAGUACAACGUCCAUGGAAAGAUGUUUACAGUGAACGUCUCAUCAUUGAACGAAAUUGGCGACGUAACAAAUACAACAUGCGGAUAUUGUCAGGACAUACCGACGGCGUAAUGUGCCUUCAAUUCUGUGACACCAGCAACAUUUUGAUAACCGGUUCCUACGAUAAAACCGUCCGUAUAUGGAAUCUAGAAACUGGAGAAGUCAUUAGGGUUCUAACGGGUCACACUCGAUGUGUGCGAGCGUUACAAUUCGAUGAUGCCAAGCUAGUGACCGGGUCCAUGGACCAUACUUUAAAAAUAUGGAGCCUUCAAACUGGUCAAUGUAUUCGUACUUUGGAAGGCCAUACCGAUGGCAUCGUCAGCCUACACUUUGACUCGCGCAUUCUCGCCAGCGGCUCAGUGGACACCACCAUCAAGGUCUGGAAUUUUGAAACGGGUGAAUGCUGUACGCUUCGUGGUCAUACCGACUGGGUCAACAGUGUUCGCAUCCAUCAACAUUCCAUGAUUGUAUCAGGCAGCGACGAUACAACCAUACGAUUAUGGGAUUUGAAUACACGAACUUGCAUUCGAGUGAUACAAGGUCAUGUUGGACAAGUCCAAGUAGCUAUUCCUUCGGGUCCUGGUUUCACCCAUCGAUUUAUUGAAGUGCCAGUCGCUCGACCUGAUAUGGUUCAGCAUCAGCAGCUUCAUUAUUUACGACAACAGCAGCAUUUACAACAACAACAGCAACAGCGACGAAGACAGCUCACUGAUUUUAGUCCUAUUUGUACCGUUGAUAACGCCAAUGAACAAGUCGACCCAUCUAGCGAUGAAGAUAAAUCUGAAGCAAGAUCAGAUCAGCCGAUCAUUAUCUCAGGAUCUUUGGAUAACACCAUCAAGAUUUGGUCCAUGGUCGGUGGUCAAUGCCUUCGAACCUUGUUUGGCCAUGUGGAAGGCGUUUGGGCACUUGCCUAUGACAAACUUCGAAUCGUGUCUGGCUCGCAUGAUAAUUCUGUCAAACUGUGGGACAUGGAAAGUGGACGAUGUAUUCACACACUUGAAGGUCAUCGUGGGCCAGUCACCGCCGUCGCUCUUAGCGAUAUGAAAGUCAUUAGCGCCUCAGACGAUGGCGAUAUCAGAAUUUGGGACUACGGAGUACAAGCUUAACGCAACAGUAAUUAGUCUUUUAGAAUCUAGACACCAGCGCAAUACCCUUUUUCAUUCAAAAGCUCAACUCCAUUCUUGUUUUCCUUUAUAUAACCAAGAUUUGUCUUCUUCACUCCCUAAUGUUCAUUACAAAAAUAAAAAAAUAAAAAAAAAUCAUGAAAAUGACCAGAAUUGGCCCAUUGCAGAUGGCCAUUUAGUCAGCC